AUGUUAAACCGACUCGAAAAUAGCGAUGGUUGCUAUGGUUCUGAACGCACGCAAGUGAUGCUCAGAGAUUACCUUGAGUGGGAGGAGAUUAACAAUAACACACUUUCACUUGAUGAUUUGCCGAAGUUUCUUGCUGAGAGACAGAUCAAGGAUGUGAACAUUGUCCAGUACAACAUGACCAAUGGUACGGUUGAUCAAGCCUUUAUGAAUUUUGUCAUUGUCUGCCGAGGAGAUCUAGACUGGAAUCGAAGAGCGAAGAAAAUUGACAAAAUGAGAAAAAUAGUAGACAAUUAUCCACAGCACCAAAUCAGUCUUUUUGAUUAUGAUAGCACAAUAUACGAUCUGAUCAUUGCGGUCAAGGUUAGUUCUGCCAAUGUUAUCCUUUAG